AUGGCAUCCGUUUCCGCACCCACCCCCAAGCUGGAUCGCUACAUUGUCAUCCACGUCGCGACCACCUGCGACGAGCAUGGCGUCUACGUCACCAAGGAUUCAGCUGAGGUGAUUGAGCUGGGGUGGAUCUUGUUGGAUGCUCAAACCUGCGAGGAGUUGCACCGUGAGAGCGUGCUUGUCAAGCCUGUCAACACUCCGAUCACGCCUCUCUGUACGAGCCUGACAACUCUGACAUGGGAGCACGUCCGCUCGGCAGGUACCUUCCGCGAUGCUAUUUCCCGCUUUGACGCCUUCGCCCAGGAACACCUCAUCAACAAGAAGCUGGAAUUCGCUUUCGUGACGUUGGAUUCGUGGGACCUUCGUGUGCAGCUGCCUCGCGAAGCCCGAGACAAGGCGGUCGUCCUCCCCGCGUACCUUCAGCACUCGCGGACCUUCGACCUCCGCACCGAAUAUCAGCGAUGGCAGACUCACCACCCCGAGUCUCUGCCCUUCGGCCCCAGCUCGCUCUCCAACAUCUGUGCCGCCCUCGAAGUCGAACCCGUUCAAACCUCCGCCCCCAUCAAGCACAACCUUCCCUUCCACCUGCAGGCCUUGGCCCCCGCUUCCCCUCGCCGGGCUAUGGAGGAGGCUAUCACCCUGGCUCGAGUGCUCCGAGGAUUGAUUCGCAAGUCUCAGCCGCCGCAUGAACACCCCGAGAUCAUGACUCGACCUAUGGAUGCCAGAGCCGACGUCCGUGCCUUCUUGACGGAACGCAGCAAGGUGCUUCACCUGAGCGGUCUGCCCCAUGAUACGACGCAGUCGGAAUUGGAGAGCUGGUUCACGCAGUUUGGCGGUCGUCCCAUCGCCUUCUGGACUCUCCGCACUCCGGACCAACACAAGCCGACGGGUACCGGCUUUGCUGUCUUCUCGUCUCACGAAGAGGCCGCCGAAAGCCUGUGCAUGAACGGCCGUGCUCUGAACGAGAAGGCCAUCGAAGUGUCUCCUUCGUCUAGCCGCGUUCUUGACCGUGCCGCGGAAAUUCUGACCCCCUUCCCCCCGUCGAAAAACCGCCCUCGCCCCGGUGACUGGACCUGCCCGUCGUGUGGAUUCUCCAACUUCCAGCGUCGUACGGCUUGCUUCCGCUGCUCCUUCCCGGCCAUGGCGGCCGCCCCCGAUCCCAUGGGAUACGGGGCGUACGGAUACGGUCCCCCCUCGAUGAUGCCUCCUCACAUGGGAGGUCACGGUCACGGUAUGGGUCACUCCCGUGGCAUGGGUGGCAGCGGCGGCGUUGUCCCCUUCCGUGCAGGUGAUUGGAAGUGUGGCUCCGAGGGUUGCGGCUACCACAACUUCGCCAAGAACAUCAACUGCUUGCGCUGCGGUGCUCCUCGAUCCGGAGCGGCCGUCGUCGCCGACUCCGCGUUCCCCUCUCCCAUGGACCCUCCGUCCAGCUUCGGAAUGGGUCCCAACUCGAUGACCAGCACCCCCGCCCCGGGUCCAUUCACCUCUUCGGCCGGCGGAUUUGGCGGUUUCAACCAGCAGUUUGGCGGGCCCCCCAGCAACUACGCCCUGCCGUCGGGCCUGGGCAGUGCUCCCGGAGGAUACCCCCCUAUGGGUCAGAUGAACGCCGGAUACGGCUCCAGCAACGCUUCUCACUCCGCCGCUUCCUUCGCCAACCCGGCCACCCAGGCUGCGUUCACCGGUGCUGACCACACCACUUCGAAUAGCGCGUUCUACGGCAACGAGGGAUCCAACGACCCGUUUGCUUUCCUUUCCACCGGACUUGGAGGAUUGACCGUGGCCGAUGAUGCUCACUCCCGUCGCAAUGGAGCCGGAGCUAACAAGUCCCCUGCCUAA